GGCUGUGCGUGGCUGCAGCGCGCGGUCCUGGUGCCACCUCGUGGUGAGCAGGAUCCCGGUGGCAGCUGGAUCCUGGACAGUCACAGCUGGACGGUGCUGCGGCAGCACAGCGGCUGCUCAGGGCAGCCAAAGCAGGGCUGGCAAGUGGGAAACACUGUGGGGACACGAGGGUGGCCAAGGAGGGGGCCACCUGCAGCCCCAUCACCCAGCUGGUCCUUGCUAUCACGGCACCAUGGACUUCGCCAGGCUGGGGGACAAGACCAAGAACAGUCACCCUGACCCCCGGUGCCAUGAGCCAGAAUAGGAUGGAGGAGCAGAGGCUGGCUGUGGGCAGGGGCUGCAGGAGCUGAUGGGGCAAGGGGGCAGCAGGGCUCUGGUUGCCCCAGCCAAGGGCCAUGUCCCAGCUGGCUCCUGCAGUUUAGGUCCCCUGGAAGGCAGGACAUUUCCCCAUGGGAAUGAAGGACACUUGCCUACAGGAAGGAAGGACAUUUCCUCAUGGGAAGGAGGAAUAGUUUCCAAUCGAAGGAAGGAUAUUUCUCCAUCUCUGUGGCAGCUGUAACCAUUAGCAGUCCCUGUGGGGUCCCUCCUGUCCCCACCACUGCUCGCUGCCAGCCCUGGCCUCAGAGUGCCCCCAAGGCACUGGUUUGGGACCACCAUGGCUGUGCCCAGGAGUAUGCUCUGCAUGGCUCUGUCCCCCUGUGGAGGAGAGUGGUUGGGUGGCCCCAGCAUCCUAGCCCACUGGGCACCCUCACCUCAGGGACCCCACAUCAGAUCAGCCCUCAAUGGCUCUGGGGAGAGACCCCACAACCCCGGAAGCUGGCAGGUGCCAGGCUGAGCUGGCACAGCUCCAUCUCGGCUCAGGGAAGAGCUUUGGACUUUGUGCUGGGUUUGCUGUUUGAUCUCAUGGAGGACAACGACCCCGUCCCUGCGGGUGACAACACUCCCAUCAUCCCUCUGCCCCUGGGGCAAAGGCACAGCAGCAGGGAUUUAUCAUCCUGGUGCUGGGGAAUUGUCCCCUGGGCUCCUGCAGGCACCUUCAGCACAGCCAUGUCCCCCCAGCAGUGGAUCACAGCCUGGCUGCUACUGCUCUACGGCUUUGCCACGGGCCAGCUGUCCCCGACUGCCUCCUCCAGGACCGACAUCAGGGACUGCUCCGCAGAGCCGCCGUACCUGCCCCCUACGGCCACCAACACCACGGCACGGCUGGCCGCUCUGCGUGCCUCCAUGCGAACCCACCAUGUCGAUGCCUACAUCGUGCCUUCCACGGAUGCCCACAUGAGCGAGUACAUCUCGGAGCGGGACGCGCGGCUGGGCUGGCUCACCGGCUUCACCGGCUCUGCAGGCACCGUGGUGGUGACACAGGACAAGGCUGCACUCUGGACCGACAGCCGCUACUGGACCCAGGCAGAGAGGCAGCUGGACUGCAACUGGGAGCUGCAGAGGACAACCUGGGUUGAGUCCAUCGGGCUAUGGAUCGUGGAGGCAGUUCCCGUCGGGGGCAACGUCAGCCUGGACCCCUUCCUCUUCUCCAUCGACACCUGGGCCAGCUACAGCCAGGCUCUGCAGGGCUCGGGCAGGACCCUGCUGCCUCUGGAGACCAACCUCGUGGAUGAGGUGUGGGGUGACCAGAGACCCCCCGUAUCCUCCAGCGAGAUCUACAGCCUGCUGGAAGCCUUCACAGGGAGCAGCUGGCAGGAGAAGGUGGCAGGAAUCCGGCAGCAGAUGGAGCAGCACAUUCGGGCCCCCACAGCCGUGCUACUGUCGGGGCUGGAGGAGACAGCCUGGCUCUUCAACCUCCGUGGAGAUGACAUCCCCUACAAUCCUGUCUUCUACUCCUACACCCUGCUGACCCACACCAACAUAAGCCUGUUCGUGGACGAGGCGCGGCUGUCGGCGUCGGCACGGGAGUCCCUGCGGGCGGAGUGCCCGGGGGCGCUCUGUGUGGAGCUGCUGGGGUACGGGCAGGCACGCGCCCACCUCCGCCGCUAUGCCCAGGGCAACGUCACCAUCUGGCUGGGCACCGAGUACACUAACUACGGCCUCUAUGGUGUCAUCCCCCAGGAGAAGCUACUGGAAGAGAGCUACUCGCCUGUCAUGCUGGCCAAGGCCGUGAAGAACACCAAGGAGCAGGACCUGCUGCGAGCUGCCCACGUUCGGGACGCGGUAGCUGUCAUCCAGUACCUGCUGUGGCUGGAGAAGAUGGUCCCACAGGGGCUGGUGGAUGAGUUUUCGGGAGCACAGCACGUCGAUGCACUCCGCAAAGCGCAGCAGCACAGCCGUGGACCCAGCUUCCAGUCCAUCUCUGCCAGCGGGCUCAACGCAGCAUUGGCACACUACAGCCCCUCCAACGGGACCAGCAGGAGACUCUCUGUGGAUGAGAUGUACCUGGCAGACACGGGGGGACAAUAUCUGGACGGGACAACGGACAUCACACGGACAGUGCACUGGGGUGUGCCCACCCCACUCCAAAAGGAAGCCUACACCCGUGUGCUGAUGGGCAACAUCGACCUAUCCCGCCUGGUCUUCCCACCCAACACGGCAGGGAGAACUGUGGAGUCCUUUGCCCGCCGGGCACUCUGGGACGCAGGGCUCAACUACGGGCACGGGACCGGCCAUGGCAUCGGCAACUUCCUCUCCGUCCAUGAGUGGCCCGUGGGCUUCCAGUCCAACAAUGUGCCACUGGCAGCUGGCAUGUUCACCUCCAUCGAGCCUGGGUACUACCGGGACGGCGAGUUCGGGAUCCGCAUCGAAGACAUCGCCCUUGUGGUGGAAGCACAGACCAAGUACCAGACCGGGGAGAAGCCUUUCCUGACCUUUGAGGUGGUGUCCCUGGUGCCCUACGACCGCAACCUCAUCGAUCUCAGCCUCCUGUCACCGGAACAGAUCCAGUACCUCAACGCCUACUACGAGACCAUCCGGGCACGCGUGGGGCCGGAGCUGCUGCGGCAGCAGCUGGAUGAGGAGCACGAGUGGCUGCAGAGGAACACUGAGCCCUUCCCCCUGCACACUGCUGCCACCGAUGCUGCCACCACAGCCACCAGCACCGCAGGCACACUGGCCCUGGUCUCCCUGCUCGGGGCGCUGCUGCCCACGCUGCAGGCCUGAGCCCAUGCCAGCCCCCACCCUGCUGCCACCAUCUCUGCUUGCUUCCUCUUUCUUGGUUUCUCUUUGCUCCUUUGUGAUUAAACAUCAGCAACACCUGCA